CCGACCAAUACAAAGCCCCAAAAACCACCAAACAUGCUACAAUGUCUAUAACAAAACACUGAAAGUUGCUAAAGAGACAGACAAGAGGAAGUGAAAAACAUUAGAGGAGGUUUUGCUGUAGAGCCGACUUCCAGACUUUUCACAGUUCAGCCCAUAAGCUUAGAUGUUUACGAAGCUCUUCACUGUCUACGGCGUUCAUUUCGAGCUACCUUUGUUCUUUUAAACCAAAGUCCCACCCAAAAUUCUCUUCAAUCACUUGUUUUGUACGAUGGAUCCAUGCCCAUUUGUUCGUUUAAUCGUCGAAUCAUUGGCUUUGAAACUCCCACAAGCCACCAAACCAGCCGGUUCCGGCGUUUACCCCACGACGACGCCGUGUUUUUGCAAAUUGAGACUCAAAAACUUCCCCUCUCAAACAGCUUUGUUGCCUCUCAGCAGCAGCUCCGGUGAUUCCCCUCCUGAAUCCUCCACUUCGGCCGCCGGUUUCCACCUCGAUGCUCUGACUCUCCGGCGUUUAUCCGGCAAGCCUGUCACGCUACGUAUCGAAGUCUACACUGGGCGGAUGGGCCACACGUGCGGCGUCAGCAGUGGGAAGCUGGUGGGUCGGGUUCAGGUCACCCUCGACUUGGGUGUGUCACAAGCCACGCCUUCCGUGUUCCAAAAUGGGUGGAUGAAACUGGGUAACGAACCGGAAAAGCCAACCGCUAAGCUCCACUUAACGGUCAAGUCUGAACCAGAUCCCCGGUUCGUUUUCCAAUUCGGCGGUGAACCGGAAUGUAGCCCCGUCGUGUUUCAAAUUCAAGGCAACAUUAGACAACCCGUCUUCAGCUGCAAAUUUAGCGCCGAUCGUUCAAGAUCUCGAUCUCUACCGCCAGAUUUUAGCAACAAGAAUAGAGGAUGGAUGAGAACAUUUUCAGGUGAAAAGGAAAGGCAAGGAAGGGAGAGGAAGGGGUGGAUGAUAAUGAUACAUGAUCUAUCAGGCUCUCCUGUUGCAGCUGCUUCAAUGAUCACUCCAUUUGUACCCUCUCCGGGGUCGGACCGUGUUUCCAGAUCGAACCCUGGUGCAUGGCUAAUUCUCCGCCCAAACGGCUUCUCCGUCAGCAGCUGGAAACCAUGGGGUCGUCUAGAGGCAUGGCGUGAACGAGGCCCUAUCGAUGGCUUAGGCUACAAGUUUGAACUUGUCACUGAAAAUGGCCCUAACAAUGGAAUCCCAAUUGCUGAAGCUACAAUGAGUAUCAAAAAGGGUGGCCAAUUUUGUAUAGAUAGGAGAGUAUCAAGAGACCCCUCAGCAUUGAGUUUAAGGUCACCGGUUAAAGGAUUCGUGAUGGGUGCCACCGUCGAAGGCGAAGGAAAAGUUAGCAAACCAGUGGUACAAGUUGGGAUGCAACAUGUGACAUGUAUGGCUGAUGCUGCACUGUUUAUCGCACUAUCAGCUGCCAUUGAUCUUAGCAUGGAUGCUUGCCAACUUUUCUCACGUAAACUCAGGAAGGAGCUUUGCCAUGAUCAUGAACAUGAUUCUUUCUCUUAAAAAACCCCUAAUUCACUACAAAUUUCCCUUCUUUUCAGUCCUUAAUUAUUUACUUUUUUCCCCUCAUAUAUAUUUUUUUAUUCAAAGCUUUUUCUUUUGUAUGAGGGUGUGCCUGUUGAUCAUCUGAGUUUUUUAUCUUUUGUGUGAGUGUGUGUGUGUGUGUGUGUGUGUGUUUCAACACAAAAUACAGGGAACAUUUCUUUGAUUUGUUGUUGGGUUCAUACCUUACAGACCUGAAAUUGUAUAGAUAAAAAAGAAUUCAAUUGUUUCA